GAUUUUGUGAGUUUCUGUUCCAAUUUCAACUUUCUGCUUUUUGUUGCUGUUCUGUUUAUAAUCGUUUGUGUGGUAGAGUUUUUUAAGUGAUAUUUUAAAUUAUAAUUAAUAACAAAUCAUUCUCAUUACUUUAUAAAAGAUUUGUUGAUCCUCUAAAGUAUCUCUUUAUUUUAAUUCUUCUUUAGAUUAAUGUUGAAAAAAGUUAUACGGUAACUUCUUGAUAAAUAAACAAGAGUUAACCUAAAUAAUUAACACUUGCUUUCACUUUUUGAUCAUGCAGCUUCUCAAUUAAUUAAUCAUUUAUCAAUCGUAUAAGAAAAUAUUCAAAACCUCUACAAAUAAUGGAUGUACCUAUAUUGGAAAGCAGUGCAAGUGAAGUGACUAUGCUCUUGCAUGGAUUCAGCCAGUCUCAAUAUGUGGCAUUGUUUGAAGAACAUGGUAUAACAUUAGAAGUUCUCCUAUCUAUGACAUUAGAAGACAUAAAAGAAAUUGGCGUUGAGGAUGACCAUGAUUGUCAUUGUAUAGCUGAAAAAAUACAAGAGUUCAAAAACAUAAGGAUGAAAAAUCACACCCAAAAGGAAUUAAAUCUUACAUUCAGCCAACAAGACGCCAUGGCUCUUUGCACGAAUACAUUGAAACAAUUGAGUCUGCUACAUGCAGCUCUGGCGUACACGAGGAUUCGACUGAAAACAGAAGGCGUUCGCAAUAUGCUUGUUGAUAAACUCACCACUGCCAGCGUCAUAGAAGACCUCUGCAAAGAUGCUGAAACCCAGAAUGGCAUUCUUCUGAAGCGGAUUGAAUCACUACACACAAAAUUGAAAACAAAACCGGAAAGACUGUUGAACAAGAAACAAAUUGGUAUAGUCACCACUAUAUCAACUGCUGUAGCUGUUCUCAUAUUUGCUGUUUAUAGAAGUAGUAAAAGAUAAAAGACUGUAUUUAUUCGCCAGUGCAUAUGACUCAACAACUUGUGAACAGACAUCUUUUCAUGGGUGCCCGCAUCUUCAGAAUAUUAUUAGCCAUUAAAACUGGCUGGCAUUGGGAACGAUUACAAUCUACUACUAAUAAAAAUAAAUCCAUACAAUACAAUUCAUAAAUCAGAUUUAAAGGUCAAAAGUGAUGCGCAUAUUUGAAAUCAAUUUACAAGAGAUCUGAGGAUGUGCAUGAUUAAUAUUGGAACAUCUAUUAUUUUUUCUCUAGAUUAUUAUUUUUUUUUAUUUAUACAAUAUGACAAUUUCCACUGCGUCUAACAAGACCCAUAGUAGUACAAAAACAAAAUAGCACUGUACAUGAAUAAACUAUAAGCAUUAAUGUAAAAAUAAAAUUAUAAUAGAUGAGCACAGUAAAAAUGAAUGUAGAUUACUACAAAAACAAUAUAUAAAUAGAAAAUUAGAAGAAAAAGAAAAAAGUCAUGCAGUUCGUGAACCCAUGCAAAAAUCAUCAUCUACAUUUCUUAAGUAAGUAAUUAUAAGAAAAAGAAAAGAAAUACAACUUCUCGUCGCUACCAGCCAUAAGUCAAUACCCAGAAGCAAGAGCUAGGUGUCGGUGCACUCUCUUUUGAAUAGUGAUAAGGAUGGGGAAAGGAUGAUAUAAAGUGGCAGAGCAUUCCAUUCACGAGAAGCUGUAACACAGAACGUUCUUGUUACUUAUUUUUUGAAUAGUGAUUCAUCCAGAAUAAAAACAGUAGAAGUAACGUGAAAUUUUAGUCAGCCAGCGUAGCAUAGUGGUCUGGAACGUCGCAAGUUGGUGCAACUUUAGCGAUCAUAGUUUCUAUUCCGUCAAUUUUAUCAUCCUUCUCCUCACUCACGCACACGCCAUAAACUUCAGUAAGUUAUGGUGCUAUUAUAUUUCUCUUUGUAAAUUAAAUGAAUAAAUUUUCAAUUAAAAAAAAGGACCAUCAAAAAUGGAAUUCAAAUCGCAUUAUUUUUUAUAUAAUUGUCGAUUUUAAUAGAACUUUUUGAUGUUUUAUCAUGAUUCAUAAAAAUAAUAAACAGAUAUGUGCAUGGUAACAACACGGUUACAAAUUUCAUGAUUUUUAGAAAGUGAGACAAUUUUCAUUAUACUUUUGUACUGUACCGUACCUUUACAAGCGAUAUGAAAAUCAAUCUCUACUGCAUGUAAAUUUUUCUUCUUAAAAAAAUAGAAUUUAUUAAUAUAAAAAGUUCUAAUUCAUCAUCAGCUCAUUAUCAACAACAAACCACCAUAUUCUUUCUUACUAUGUUCCUUUCAUAGUUUGAUCUAGAUUAAUCACCUCAAAUCUAUAAAAUCCCCUUCAUUAUUUGGUGAAAGAACAAACUAUUCUCAUCCUAAUUGUUUUGUUUAAGUAGUUGUUCUAUUAAUUUCGGUUACAUAACUUGCUUAUGGGUGUUAGUUGGCCGAGCUCCGAUUCUGAUUGCUACUAAUCGGCCGGGCCGGUGACUUCCGCCACUGCUCUCAACUUUACACUAAAAACCACAACAUUUCCCCAUCAACAAACUCAAAACACAGAGCGACCCGUUUCCUUGUUGCGAGUCGCCUGCUGGUGGGUCGAACAAUGGCAGCCGCUCUGGGAAAUGGCAGAAGACCAAAGACAAUGGAAGAAAGUCGCCGCGUAAUAGGCUGACCGAAAAAACGCUCAAAAUGCGAUCUGCCUGGGCCUUAUUGCGUAAUCUCACCUUGUUACCUUCAAGGCACUCGCGUAUGCCAACAUGAUAAACCACCAACUACGAGUGUAAUAAGCACAGUGCACAACAACGUUUUACAUCAUUUUAUUGUUAUUAUCACUCGAAUUGAAUUAUUUUUAUUAUUCUGAAACGGUCUUAUUGCAGUUGAUCCAAAACGUUAGGCAGAUACAGUUUAUAACUGGGUUGAUAUUGUAUUAUUGUAGAUGUUUGAUUUCUUAAUCAUAAUAGUAAGUUAUGUGUAUACCAUUUGUGGAUGGUACAUGGGGAGGAAUAAUAUAAUAAAUUCCAGAUGAAGUAGGUAAAAAGGCUGUGAAGCUCCAGAUCUCUAGGCUAUAGAUACUCGCCAGAAGAGACUUGAUAAGUGAUCUAUACUAUAAUAAAGUAAAGAACUGGCUCAUACACGUACGGGAUAGAAAAAUUAUGUUUGACGCACCAUCACGUCUGAAGUACUGGACUUAUUAACUUGAAAUUUUGCAUAUCGAUUCUUAAUUAACCGAGGAUGGUUGUAGGCCUAUUUUCAAUUCUUCAAGUUUUCAGUUUGUCAAGUUUUAAAAUAGACCCUUGCGGAGCACGUGUUACCUGCUAGUAACCAAUAAAAUAAUGGGAUUUUCUCAAUAUAGACUAUAUGAUUGAAGCUCCCUAUCACCUUUAAUCUGUAAAGAAAUGCACAAAAUAAGUUUCCCUGCAAAAAAUAAUUGUUCGAAAUAAAAAGUAUACCGAUUUUUGUUAUUAUGAAGAAGAAUAAUUUAAUAAAACCAGUUAUUUUUAUCAUUACCAAACUCUCUUCUUGUAUUAGUCAAAUCAAAAGCCUAAUAAAGUGUAAUUCUGACAAUAGAAAGAUAUUUGAUAAUGUUGAAAAGUCAAAAUUUUUGUAGUUUACAAUAGUUCUAGAGAAUAAUUAUUAUAUAAUUGAAUUUCUAGAAUAAUAUUAGCCUUCAUAUUAAUUUAUAAUCUAUGUAUAUUAUUUUUCAAGUAAUCGUAAUUUUUACAGUUUUAAUGCAAUAAAGACUGAAACAUUAUAU